UCAACGUACAAUUGUGUUCCAAGAAAUCUUGCUUUUGGAGCCACAGCUUAUCAGUCUUCCACAUACCAUCUCAACAGUGGAGCAGUGGCUAAAAAAGCUGUCAAUGGAAACUGGAAUUCAAUUAUGAGUGGUGGGUCAUGCAGUCAAACUAAUGCGGACAGAGACCCCUGGUGGAGAGUUGACCUGGGGGAAGUCUACAAGGUUAACAAGGUCCUCAUCACUAAUCGUGGAGAUUGUUGCGCAGAGAGGAUAAAUGGAGCUCAGAUCCGUAUCGGCAACAACCUGGAAAAUAAUGGCAACAAUAAUGAGCUGGCUGAAGCUGUUGUGUCCAUCCCAGCUGGAGAGACAAAAGCAUUUGAGUUUAAGCCUAUUUAUGGCCGAUAUGUCAACAUUAUUAUACCUGGGCGCAAUGAACAUCUCACACUGUGUGAGGUUGAGGUGUUUGCAGAAUAAGUGGAAUGAGAGGAUGUUACACCACAGUCCACUGAUCCUACAAGCAAAAUACCAAACUGCUGGGAUUUUUCUUCUUCUUCAUUUUACCUAUGCACCUUUUAUGCUUAAAAUAAAUAAGUUUCAGUGCCCAUUCAGUAAAGGUUUGAAAUGGUUUUAAAAGCACCUGAUUCUUAA